AUGGCUACCUUUGGCGGAGACGAAGUUUCAGCUUUAGUUUUAGAUGUUGGUUCGUGUUGGACUCGUGCUGGAUAUGCCGGUGAAGAUACUCCAAAAAUUGUUUUUCCUACCUCAUAUGGGUACAUUCCGGAAACAGAAACAAUUUCCUCGGAGUCCUCUGAGAAAGGGAAAUACAUAAUAGGAGACGCAGAAGUGGCAGCGUGGAGACCUAAUAUGGAAAUUAGAAAUCCUCUUGUUAAUGGCUUGGUGCAAGAUUGGGACGCGCUGGAACAAAUCUGGGAUUAUGCAUUGCGUAAGAGGCUGCAAGUUGAUCCAACUGAACAUCCAUUGUUCGUAACAGAAGCAGCUUGGAACACCAGAGAAAUUAGAGAAAAACUUACUGAAAUCGCAUUUGAGAAAUAUAAUGUAGCUAAUAAUAAUAAUAUAGUAAUUUAA